AUGGCGGCGACUGAGGGCACUCACGAGCAUAUCGCAGCCACCAUGGCGGCGACUGAGGACACUCAGGAACAUACCACAGCUACCCUGACGGCGACCGAGGACAGUCACGAAGAUACCACAGCUACCAUGGCGGCGACCGAGGACACCGACGAAGAUGACACAGAUGCCGUGGCGCCGACCGAGGACACUCACUUCAAGGUCUAUUUCGCGGCCUACGCGGCACCAUGGUGGUCAAAUCAUGCCAUCUACAUCGACACCAAGGAAGAGGUUGGAGGAGAAAAGGGCGGCAUGCUUUACCGCGUCGUGGGGAGCGUGAAAACCGGCAUGAUGUUUGUGGCCGAGAAGAAGCCCUUUCCCCUCAACGACGUUCCUGAUCAUCUCAAGGACUGCGGCGGCUACCUGGUGAAACCGGUCGGCUGGGUGGCCAAGGAGGACCUCGACGACGUGAAGGAGGUGUGCUCGGGGGUGCCGCCUCCCCGGAAGCAGUGGAACGGCAUGGGCUGGACGCGCAUGUAUCCGGGCGUGCGCAUCUACCACGGCCAGAGCUGGGUGAGAGAGGCGCUUGCGACCCUCAGGGAUGCCAUGGUUCUCGAGCCCCUCGGCCCUGAGGACGACGAGCCUGAGCAAAUUAGGCUAGACAGGGUGAGAACGUUCCCAAAGAUCGAGAACCAUCCGGAGACGGAGGACGCGGACCUUGGGGAGACGGAGGACGAGUACUCUUGGGAGGAGGAGGACGAGUAUUCUUGGGAGGCGGAGGACGAGUACUGUUGGGGGGCGGAGGACGAGUACUCUUGGGAGGCAGAGAGCGAGAACUCUUGGGAGGCGGAGGACGAGAGCGCUCAGGAGGCAGAGGAUGAGAGCGCCUGGGAGGCGGAGGAUGAGAACGCUCAGGAGGCAGAGGAUGAGACCUCUCGGGAGGCGGAGGAUGAGAACUCUCAGGAGGCGGAGGAUGAGGACGAGUGGUUUACUUGGAAGGUGGAGGACGAGAGCGCUCGGGAGGUGGAGGAUGAGAACGCUCAGGAGGCGGAGGAUGAGAACUCUCAGGAGGCGGAGGACGAGUGGUUUCCUUGGGAGACGGAGUACCCUUGGGAGGUGGAGGACGAGAACUCUCGGGAGGCGGAGGAUGAGAACGCUCGGGAGGUAGAGGAUGAGAACUCUCGGGAGGCGAACGAUAAGAACGCUCAGGAGGCGGAGGAUGAGAACGCUCAAGAGGCAAAGGAAAAGUACUCUUGGGAGGAGGCGGAUGAAAGCAGCACGAUCUGGUAG